AUGACUGUCAGAAACAUCGCCUCCAUUUGUAAUAUGGGCACCAAUGCCUCCGCUCUGGAGAAGGACAUCGGCCCGGAGCAGUUCCCCAUCAAUGAACACUACUUUGGUCUUGUCAAUUUCGGCAACACAUGCUACUGCAACUCGGUGCUGCAGGCGCUCUACUUCUGCCGGCCGUUCCGCGAGAACGUGCUGGCCUACAAGGCCCAGCAGAAGAAGAAAGAGAACCUGCUCACGUGCCUGGCCGACCUCUUCCACUCCAUCGCCACACAGAAGAAGAAAGUGGGUGUCAUCCCGCCCAAGAAGUUCAUUUCGCGCCUGCGCAAGGAAAAUGACCUGUUUGACAACUACAUGCAGCAGGAUGCGCACGAGUUCCUCAACUAUCUGCUGAACACGGUGGCUGAUAUUCUACAGGAGGAGAAGAAGCAGGAGAAGCAGAACGGGCGCCUGAAGAACAACGGCGCCCCCGUCGAGGCCGAGACAGCCGCAGUGACUGAAAAUAAGACGGAGCCCACGUGGGUGCACGACAUCUUCCAAGGCACGCUGACCAACGAGACGCGCUGCCUCAACUGCGAGACGGUAAGCAGCAAAGAUGAGGAUUUCCUCGAUCUUUCCGUGGACGUGGAGCAGAACACAUCCAUAACGCACUGUCUCAGGGACUUCAGCAACACAGAGACACUGUGCAGCGAGUACAAGUACUACUGCGAGAUGUGCUGCAGCAAGCAGGAAGCGCAGAAGCGGAUGUGCGUAAAGAAGCUUCCCAUGAUACUGGCACUGCACUUGAAGCGCUUCAAGUACAUGGAGCAGUUGCACCGUUAUACCAAACUGUCCUAUCGCGUGGUCUUCCCUCUGGAGCUCCGCCUCUUCAAUACAUCAGGCGACGCGGUCAACCUGGAUCGCAUGUAUGACCUUGUGGCUGUGGUAGUCCACUGCGGCAGCGGUCCAAACCGAGGGCAUUACAUCACCAUCGUGAAGAGUCAUGGCUUCUGGCUGCUGUUCGACGAUGACAUCGUGGAGAAAAUCGACGCCCACGCCAUCGAGGAGUUUUACGGACUUACGUCAGACAUCUCCAAGAACUCUGAAUCGGGAUACAUCCUCUUUUACCAGUCCAGAGAGUGA